AAGCCAUGAGAAAAACACCACGCUAGCAGCGGGGUGACGGCGGGGCCUGCGGACCCCUCCCCAAAGCGAACCCCGCGAGUGGGAGCCCCGAGGGAGGGCCGGGUUCCUCGCGUGGGCAGGGGCCGUCCCCCCCCCCCCAAUCUCCCUGCCCAGCUGCACCCCCAGCCCUGCGAAAGGAGGGGAGGAGGAGGAGGAGAAGGAGGAGACCGACCCCCGCAGCAGCCUUCCUCCGCCGCACGCCUCCCUGUCCCCUCCCUCUGGCCUCAGCGCCGCACUGGCGGGGCCGGAGAGGGCAGGCGGCGCGGGAAGGCGGCUCUCCCAGCAUGGACGAGCCAUGUGUAUCCUAAGGAAUAACAGCAGCUGCUGCGCCCACGAUGGGGAGCAGAGGAAUGCGCGGAGGAGAAGGCUCGCUGGGGCAGAAUCAAAGAACCUGUGUGUGACAUCGUCAUGAAUGAGAGAAGAAAGUAAUACAGUAUUGGAUGUGCCUGUUUGCUGCUACUGUUUAGAGAGAAAAUGAUGCAUUAUGGGGAAUCACUCGAAGGGACUGAAUGAGAUGAACUGUUUGGGUUAUAGUGUCUGAAAGGCUGAAUUAUUCUCUUGGAGACACAUUCUAAAUGAGCCUGACCGAGAUACUGGAUCUGUGUGAAGAGGACUAAGGAUAUAGGAUGUCAACUGAGACAGAACUUCAAGUGGCUGUUAAAACCAGCACAAAAAAAGACUCCAAAAAGAAAGGUCAGGAUCGCAGUGAAGCCACUUUAAUAAAGAGGUUUAAAGGUGACGGUGUCCGAUACAAAGCAAAGCUGAUUGGGAUCGAUGAGGUUUCUGCUGCGCGGGGAGACAAGUUAUGCCAGGAUUCCAUGAUGAAGCUCAAGGGAAUCGUUGCUGCGGCUCGUUCGAAAGGAGAGCAUAAACAAAAAAUCUUCUUAACAGUCUCCUUUGGCGGAAUCAAAAUCUUCGAUGAAAAGACAGGGCUACUACAGCACCACCACGCAGUUCAUGAGAUAUCGUACAUCGCAAAGGAUAUCACAGACCACCGAGCGUUUGGCUAUGUGUGUGGAAAGGAGGGAAAUCAUCGAUUUGUGGCAAUAAAAACUGCCCAGGCAGCUGAACCUGUGAUUCUGGACUUGCGAGAUCUGUUUCAGCUCAUCUAUGAACUGAAACAAAGGGAAGAAAUGGAAAAAAAGGCACAAAAGGACAAGCAGUGUGAACAAGCGGUAUACCAGGUUCCUACCAGCCAAAAGAAGGAAGGUGUUUAUGAUGUGCCAAAAAGUCAACCUGUAAGUCUGGAGAAUGGAAACUUAUUGCUGGACAUUGAUGAAAAUCUUGGUUCAGUCACUCAGGCUGUUACCCAACUAGAGCUUUUUGGGGACAUGUCCACUCCUCCUGAUGUAACCUCUCCCCCAACUCCUGCUACUCCAGGUGAUGCCUUUAUCCCAUCUUCAUCCCAGUCACUUCCUGCUAGUACAGACAUGUUUGGUUCUGUACCUUUCAGCACUGCUGCCGUACCCUCAGGUUAUGUUGCCAUGGGAGCUGUUUUGCCCUCAUUCUGGGGACAGCAACCACUUGUUCAACAGCAGUUGGCCAUGGGUGCUCAGCCUCCAGUUGCUCAGGUGAUGCAGGGAGGACAGCCGAUAGCGUGGGGCCAACCCGGUAUUUUUCCUCCUGCCCAGCAGCCGUGGCCGUCUGUAGCUGGUCAGUUCCAACCAACUGCCUUCAUGCCAACACAAACUGUUUUGCCUUUACAAGCAGCCAUGUUUCAAGGUACCAUUGCUCCUAUAGCUACUGUUCCACCCACAAGCGAUUCCAACAGAUCAAGUCCACAGACAGACAGGCCCAGACAGAAAAUGGGAAAAGAAAUGUUUAAAGAUUUCCAGAUGGCUCAGCCUCCACCAGUGCCAUCAAGAAAACCAGAUCAGCCUUCCCUCAGUUGUACCUCAGAGGCCUUCUCAAGUUACUUUAACAAAGUUGGGAUGGCACAGGAAGCAGAUGAUUGUGAUGACUUUGACAUCUCUCAGUUAAAUUUGACUCCUGUGACUUCCACGACACCAUCAACAAACUCACCUCCGACCCCUGCACCCAGACAGAGUUCUCCAUCAAAAUCAUCAGCAUCUCAUACCAGCGAUCCUGCUGCAGAUGACCUCUUUGAAGAGGGGUUUGAAAGCCCAAGCAAAAGUGAGGAGCAGGAGGCUCCUGAUGAGUCUCAGGCCUCAUCCAACAGUGAUCCAUUUGGUGAGCCAACUGGUGAUACUAUAAGUCCACAGGUCGGUAGCUAGAUAGCGCAGGUUGGGGAAGCAGAACCUCUCUACGCCCAGAUCAACAGACCUAAGAAAUAGCAUUGGUACAGGCUUGCGGUGCUCCGAGACUCGAAUGAAACCCAACCACCUGGCAGGCCUUUGGCUCUCAUGCUUUUUUCCGAUUGAUUUUGUCUGGCAAGGAUAGAUGAUUGCCCUCCUGGACUGGCUCUACGAGCGUUCCUGACAAUUUUUGGCAAGCGAUGGCAGAUCCCUAUGGCAGCACAAAGUGACAGCUCCCUGCUUAGCGCACCAAGAGUCCGGCCCUGUCCCCACAACUCAUGGGUAUCCAGACUAGGAAAUCUCGCUCCUCGCUCUUCUUUUCAACAUUUCUUGUCUUGUGUAUGCCACGUAUAAAUAACGAGCAUCUGAGAUUUACUGAGUGUUAAACAUUCCUUUUCUUUUGAGCAAGAAGCAGAAUCUGUAUGUAGCAGUGGCAUUAUCAUUCAACAGCCUUUUGGGCACAAGUCGGCACUUUUUAUGUCACGGUGACAUGUUUUUCAUCAUCAUUUACAUCAGGCUGAUCCUGACUCUUUUUUUUUUUUUUUUUUUUCCCUUGUGUAGGCAUAUUUAAACAGCAACAACAGAAAAACACUGGCAGUGUCAUUUUUUUUUUGGUAUUUCUUAUUCUGUAGUUUUGUAUGAGUGACAGAUCCAAGAGCAAAACGCCUCCUGCGGAAAUGGUUCUUAACUUGAAACCACAGAACAAAACCCUGUUGUUGAUCCACCCUGACUGAAAAUGUUGCCAAAUGUACCUUUAAGUUCUAGCGCAUCGUGAGGAAGAAAUGCUGCUUUUCUGUUUGAAUACUCAUGUUGUGGGUAGAGAAAGGACAUCUAGUCCCACCGAUGGAAGAGACGGAAGAUUCAGUAUUUCCUAGGAAACUCUAAACAAAGUACAGAAAAAGGAAUAUUUUUAUUUCUUCGAUAUCUUGCUGCUGUAAUGCUAUGCAGACAAGUGUUUUCUUCUCUGUGUGCCAUUUUUGAUGAAAAAAAAAAAAUCAUUUGCCAAAUAAUACUGGUAUGAUUCUGGUUUGGGAAGUCGGAUGAAACAGACUUUACAAAUGG